AACCCAAAUGGGUCAACACUCUCGUACUGGGUCUCCACUCUGCCACUACCUUCGCCUCCCAUUCCCGGCCCUCCUCCUUCUUCUCCUCGCCCUCCCCCUCCUCUACGCCGUCUCCCUCCUCCUCCUCCUCCCCUCCUCCCCCUUCCGUCAUCCCCUCCGGACAUCGUUUCCUUGCGGCGCCUCGCCGAUCGACCUCUCCGCCGGCCGAUGGGCGCGCCGCUCGACUCUCACCGCCCCUCUCUACGACGCCUCCUGCCCUUUCCACCGCAACGCCUGGAACUGCCUCCGCAACGCGCGCGAUGGCAUGGACUCCAUCAAUUCCUGGGCCUGGAUCCCCGACCGCUGCGGCGGCGCGCCGGUUCCGCGGAUCGACCCGGCGGCGUUCCUCGGAACCGUGAGGGGAAAGAAGAUCGGCUUCGUCGGUGAUUCUCUGAACGAGAAUUUCCUGGUGGCCUUCCUUUGCACUCUCAGGUCGGCUGAUGGCGGGUCGAAGAAGUGGAAGCGGAAGAGGGCGUGGAGAGGUGGCUACUUUCCCAAGUUUGACGUCGUCGUGGCUUACCAUCGCGCUGUUCUGCUAGCGAAUUAUACGUGGCAGCCUGUGGAUAGUUCAUCUCAGCUAGGUAAAGAUGGAAUCAAGGGAAUCUAUAAAGUUGAUAUUGAUAUACCUGCAGAUGAUUGGGCUAUUGUCACCAAGUUCUAUGAUGUUCUGAUCCUGAAUACUGGUCAUUGGUGGGGUGCUGAUAAAUUUCCGAAGGAGACGCCACUUGUUUUUUACAAGGGAGGAAAACCAGUAGACCCUCCACUUGGAAUCUUUGCUGGACUUGAGAUUGUCCUUAAAAGUAUGAUCUCUUAUAUUGAGAAAGAAGUCCCGAAAAAGACCAUCAAAUUUUGGCGUACUCAAUCGCCGAGGCAUUUCUUCAGAGGGGAAUGGGACCAUAAUGGUAGUUGCUUGUCGAGUGACCUACUAAGAGAAGAGGAGCUUGAUUCAUGGUUUGACCCUAAAAAUAAGGGAGUGAAUAAAGAAGCAAGGGAAGUGAAUUCUUUGAUUCAACAAGCAUUGCUUGGCACAAGUAUAAGUUUACUAAACCUGACUCACUUGAGUGAGUUCAGAUCGGACGCGCAUCCAGCAAUCUGGUUGGGCAAGAAGGAUGCGGUGUCGAUCUGGGGACAGGACUGCAUGCAUUGGUGCCUUCCUGGCCUUCCUGAUACCUGGGUCGAUAUCUUAGCUGCCCAAAUCAUGUACAACUUUGAAGGAAUCUGAAAUCUCAGGGAGCAUAAGAUCCAGUUUGCUACCACUCUUAAAAGCUCUUCUGUUUAUCCUUGCAGAGCAAAAGGUUAGUUAAUCAUUUUAAUUUCUUGAGCAGAAUUUCACAUUUAGGCAGAUUCAUAGUUGCAAUUACUACUGUCACGCCCAGGAGGUAUACUCGUCCGACAGAAUAUACAGUGCCCGUAAUGACAAUAUACGAUACAACAUAAUAUAAGUCCACAACAUAGACCUAAAAGCACAACAGAAGAUAUAAACAUAGUCACAAUACAAAUAGAGGGAUUUAUACAAUCCACUCAUAAAAUAAAAAUUAAAAGUGACUGUGUGCCGGUGCAGCUUAACACAACAAAUAUCACAACUGAAUAAAAGUACAUAACAAGACUACAAACCACAAACAAAACCAAAUGCAAAUACAAAGCAAUAAGACGAACCUUUGAGCGACAAAACAUAUCCUCUACCUGCUAAUUUGGAAAGAAAGGGAAAGCAAGGGGGUAGUGAGUACAAAAUACUCAGUAAGUAUAAGACAAAUAGUUCAUGAUCAAUAUAGUCUAGAAGAUCAGGGGAAAUACAGUCUCAAAAGAAAUACUUACUAAAAGCACUAAUAUAAUCAACUGCUAACAAAAGGAUAGCCACUACAUAACCCUCCACUAACCUGCUCAACUAGGUAUAACUAAUAAAUCGGCAGUACACAAAUAGUACAUCCAAACAUGUACAAACAAAUUCAUAACUGACAUAUAACAAGUCCUAACUAACACAACAUGCUACCACAAAUGAGUCUCGUGGGUAGUCAAGAUAUAUAACUAGUUACUGUCCGCGAGAGAAAGCUCUACCACGGAUAGUCCCGUGGGUGGAUAGGAUGAGGUAGCUAUCUAGCUCCCUAGCCAGAGAGCGCUCUACCACGGAUAGUCCCGUGGGCAGGGUAUGUAAACAGUCACUACCUGUAAGAGAACGUUCUACCACGGAUGAUCCCGUGGGCAGACAUAAUGUAUAAGUGUACAAACCAAAAAUAAUAAGUAAAUAGUGAUAAUCACAUUCAAGAGUGAACUCUGCUAGCUACACUAUGGUAUGGUUUCACUAGCAUAUAACAAGUAUAACAACAGCAAGCAAAACAAUCAACUAAUCUCAUUAAGAGAAUAUUAGUUAACUAGUCGUAAUAUCUCAACUAACUCUAUGGUAUCAUCAUAAAUGGCAAAAGGUGGAACCGCCACCCUAGCGGCCCCUUGGCCCCGGCCCCACAAGAUUCCAGAGGGAGUAAAUCAUGGUUAAUGCUGGUAUCAUCAUAAAUACACUAACACAAGGAGGUCAUACUCAAAGAGUCCCAGAUGACAGUCCUAGUAGAAUACUCUACCACUUGUUAUAGUAUAAUAUCUAACACGUAUAGGCAUGAGCCUAAGUAUAUAACCAUAUAGUAUGGUUUAAAUGCUCAAGCAUAUGAUCACAACUACUCUAUGGUCUGGUAAUAUCCUACAUGUAUAACCAACCCAUGUAGGAAUAACAAGUUACACUGAUUGAUGCCAAAAUAGAUCAAAUAAUAAAAGGUCAAGCUCAACAAGUAACAUAGAGUAGAUAUCAUGGUAAAAAUAGAUACUACACAAGCAAUGAAUUAAUAGAAUCAUGCACUAAGGUCAAAAAUCUAAAAAAGACAAACAGAAACUAUCCACCUCAAAUGUAAAUCGUGUUGAGCUAAUCCCACGUCUAAACACUAGUUUCAAAUCAAAGUCCUUGCAGCUUCUUCUCCGCGAUGACUCACGUUGACACCGAAGUGGAAGGAAUGGGCAGUGGCUACAA